AUUUGUCAAUGUCACUUACAAAUUACGAUAUAUUAAUAUAAGAUUAGAAUCUUAAAUAAUAGUAUAAUAAUAGUUGGGGCUGUUAUCACGAUGCCAGAAGAAGCGACUCCACGAAAUAUUUUAGAGAAAUUCGUGUUAUCGGUAUCAAAUACUUUGGAACGCCCAGUAGUAUGGUUUAGAGAAACUGUAGUCGAACCCAACCAAAAACAUUCUGUUUGGUACCAUCAAAAAUUUCGAAGGGUACCAACAAUCGACGAAUGCUACACAGAUGAUGCAGUCUGCAUCGCCGAAGCCAAUUUACAGUUCAAACGAGACAAGUUAGUUGACAGUGAUAUUUUGAGUAUUUUGAGAGAAAGAUACGAAGAUUGCGCUUUAUAUGAAGCACCUGAUCAUUUGGAAAAAUGUCGACCACUUUUCGACCAAUAUCAAGAAGCUACCACAAAUUGGUUCAUCAAAUACGGCGAUUUAGGUGGAUACGGUGAUGCUAAAGCUGCUUACAUGAAGCAGAAACAUAGAAUGAUUUGGGAACGUAGACAUGGUCCAGUAGGAAGCGGUAUGAAUGGAGCUGCCCCAACAGAAAAUUAAAUCGAUGUACAAGAAAAUGCUUAUAUUAAUUGUAGCAUGUUUGUAAUAUAUAGUAGUUGUUUAUUAUUAAAGGUUUUUUUUUAUUUAGAUUUGACGUUUACUGACUUGGAUUAUGUGUUAAACUAGUUCUAAACUCCCUCAAUUUAAUUCCAACUUAAUCUAAUAGAGUUUGAAAUUUAAAACUAAAGUAUAAUCAUCAGUUCCUUUGAUUUUGUAAAAUAGAUUGCACAAAACAAGUUCUACUUUUGCACUAAAAACACUAAACUAAUUCAAAGGGCUUGAUCCUCUUAAGUUUUCUUUCUAACCCAGUAUUAUCAAGAAGCUGGAUAGCCUCGACAUUAACAUGAAGAUUGAGUCUUUAUUUAAGUCAAUUUUCAUCAUGUAGUAAUUUAAAUACCACAAGAAAAGUGGAAACAUAAUUUUCAUCAUGUAGUAGUUCAAAUAUCCCGAAAUAGGUUGCAAUGUCAUCAAAGUUAUAGAGCUUUAGUAAGGUCAUCAAACAAUCAAAUCUUGAUAUUGUUACCUCAAAUUUAGAUGAAAAAUUAAUAAUUUCUGGAAUCUGAUGAGCAUUGGCCAGAAAAUAGGCUCAAUAAUUUCAAUAUUUGACAUUUUCAAAAUUAGAACCAUAGUAUCAUGUAGUAGUUCAAGUCACCCAAAAAAGUUGUCAAAAUUGAUAUAGAUCUGAAAGGAUAUGAAUGCUGAUAUUUUCAUAUUUUAACCUCAAAUUUUGACGAAAAAUUAUCUGAAAUAUUUAUCAGAAAAAUGGGUAAAUAAUUUCAAGAUUUUGUUUGUUGUUAAUUAAAUGACUGCAAAAAUAUAAUUGUAUUUUGAGAUUCUCAAAAUUAGUAUGAUAGUAAGUCAAUUUUCAUCAGUAGCAAUUCAAAUAGGCCAAAAAAUAUUUUAUCCUCAAAUUUUGAUGAAAAAUUGGUGAUUUGUUUCUUCUUUUAAGUAGAAGUUUCUCAAAUAGUUCAACUAUUGCUUUUUGCAUAGUUUUUUUUAAUUUUCUCAGUUGAUGUUUUCUUCGGUAAUUACUUCUUUGGGAAACGUAAACUCUAAUUUCUUGAUCUAUCUGUGGAUGUUCCUCCUUCAUCUCGAUCUCCAUGUAGUUGAAAAUUUUCUAAAUGCCAAUAUUGUUGAUUUUUGGUCGUUUACAAUCUUCCAAACAAGUAGUAUUCUCAAUGUGGGUCUUUUUAGUCUCUUAGUGGCAUUCCAGAGUGAGUAGUCAGUACUUCUGUCAUCCGUCAAUUCUCUUAGGUAAGUAAUAAUCGAUUCUUCGAUUUGAUUUGUUAUUAUUUUUCUUUUGAGUGUUUGGGCAGCAUUAUUAAGAAUAUUUUUAUCUUCCAGGGGUUUUGUUUACUGCUUUUUUUAGAUAUUAGUUCCUUUAUUUCUUUAGGAAAAAUAAUUGUUAUAAGAAAAAUCGAGCUUACGAGGCCUGUUCCGGUUUUUUUGUACUUUCGGGGUGAACUAGGGCAUUAAUUGAAACAAAACAUAAAAAAAGUACAAAUUUAUUUACUUAUAACACUUUAAUGAUACAUUUUCUUUUGGCAUAAUCGAUUUUAAAAUAUAAGUACAGAAGAAAUAUUCUUACAAUCUAUACUCUGAAAAAAAAGUCACAAAUAUUGUAAAAAGUAAUAAUUACAUUGUAAAAAGUAAUCUAAUUACAAAAAAAUAUUGCAUAUUUUGUUUUUUUAUAAAUAACAUUUUAACAAAAAAUGCGAUUUAUUUACAACUCACUAUAAAAUUAAGUCUGUAGGAUUGUUUUUGAUGAUAUUAUCAUCUACUGACUUACAACUUAAAUUAAUAAACGAUCACAGACACAAAAAUUACAGGAAUGGUUUACACGAAAUGGUCUUAAAAUUAUUUAACAAUUAAAAAAACGAAUCUCUUAACAAAAAUCAACAACCACGAGAAACCAAUUUUUGCUAUAAAUACCUAGUAUUCUUAAAAAU